CAAUCAGGGAAAGGUCCAGGAUGGUUAUAGUACAUUACCCYCGGACAGUAAUGAAAUAGGAACAGAUGGUUGGUUGCAACUUUCUUGCCAAGCUCAGCAAAUGAGUGACAUCAGAGCCCAAAGGAAGGGCUGUUACUUCCCAAAUGUGAAAAGAAGGUUGUGUAUUUGCGCUACUGCCGCUACCACUAGCGCAGAGCAGCCGGGUAUUCGGACUCGGAAAGACGUCCCGUGACAACGGCGUUAAAGGCGGAACGCAGUACGUAGGCACGUUGGCUCCCGCCGGACACAGUUUCUAGACGCACGGGCGAGCUGCGUGCGGCCCGGCAGCUGAGCUGCUCCCUUCCGCUGAGUGAGCAGCCUGGUGGUGGGAGACUGUGAGAAGACUUGAAACCGACCGUUCUUCAUAUUUUCCCCUUCGGCUGGACGACCCCRAGCUGCAGGACGUACUUCCGGCGUCUCUCAGUGGACGAUUAGAGAGCACAAAGGCCUCUGGAGGCGCGRCGGCAGUCCCUCCCGCUCCCAGCCACGGCCUCUGACUCUCGAGAAGACAGCCACCCACUGCAAAUUUUUCUCUGGGCCGGAGACCGGCCGCCCAGUUCGUAGAAAGGUGGGCUUGGGGGAAUACUCAGGAUUACACCACUACUUCCUGGAGACGCCGCGGAAAGCAGGCCAUUCUUGGGGCCACCCACCUAUUCCCCGAUUGGUUAAUGGCCCGUCAAUGAACUUCUCUAGCUGGUGAUUGGUUCAGAUGCACCGUCUGUCACCUGCUUCCCUGUGGGAAUCUAGGUCGCUAAGGGAAGCGUUACUGGAGGCUUGGUUGAGAAGAGAUGGGCAGCUCUCAAAAAAGACACAAACAGCUGAAGGAUGGAUACCAUUGCAUAUAUUAAAAGCAUGUUGAAAGAAAAAUAAGGAAGCCAGGACUCUCAGGAUGAAUCAGUCUAGAUCCAGAUCAGGUGAUGGUGGUGAAGAAACCUCAUCUCAAGACCAUAAUCAUCGUGAAAAUGAGAGAAGAUGGCAGCAAGAGCGUCUCCAUAGAGAAGAAGCCUAUUAUCAAUUUAUUAAUGAACUCAAUGAUGAAGAUUAUCGACUAAUGAGAGAUCAUAAUCUUUUAGGCACCCCUGGAGAAAUAACAUCAGAAGAACUACAACAACGGUUAGAUGGAGUGAAGGAACAACUAGCAUCACAGCCUGAUUUGAGAAAUGGGACAAAUAACAGAGACUCAGAAGUCCCUCGAGAAAGUUCAAAUGAAGAUUCUCUGCUAGAAUGGUUGAACACCUUUCGUCGCACAGGAAAUGCAACUCGAAGUGGACAAAAUGGGAACCAAACUUGGAGAGCUGUGAGUCGAACAAACCCAAACAGUGGAGAGUUUCGGUUUAGUCUGGAAAUCCACAUAAAUCAUGAGAAUAGAGGAUUUGAAAUUAAUGGAGAAGAUUAUUCAGGCAUUCCACUUUCAGAUAUUAGCAGGGAUCAUACUAGCAAUAGGCAAGAAAGAUCAACUAKUCCUGUGGCUAGGCGAACAAGAAGCCAAACCUCCAUGGAUUUCAGUGGUAAUAGUUCCACCAUUACAAGGACAAGGCUUGGUUCAAGGGGGCAGAAUUUAGUUGAAGGAUCACUUUCAACACUGGGAAGGUUAAGGAAUAGAAUUGGGCGGGCAGUUGGCAUUCCUAGAACUAGUGCUUCKCGUGCUAAUUUUAGUAAUCACACAAACCAAUCAGGUGGUAGUGAACUCAGGCAAAGGGAGGGGCAGAGAUUUGGAGCAGCACAUAUUUGGGAAAAUGGAGCUAGAACUAAUGUCACAGUGAGAAAUACAAACCAAAGAUUAGAGCCAAUAAGAUUACGGUCUGCUUUCAGCAGUCGAAGCCGUUCACCAAUUCAGAGACAGAGUGGCACUGCUUAUCAUAAUUCCCAAAGGGAAAGUAGACCUUUGCAGCAAACAAUUAGAAGGUCUGUGAGGAGGAGAGGUAUAACUCGGGUCUUUGUAGAGCAAGAUAGAGAACGCAGAGGUACUGUAAGUGCCCCAUUCUCUAAUUCAAGACUUGUGUCAAGAAUAACAGUAGAAGAAGGAGAAGAAUCCAGCAGAUCCUCAACUGCUGUACGACGACAUCCAACAAUCACACUGGAUCUUCAAGUGAGGAGAAUUCGUCCUGGAGAAAAUAGAGAUCGGGAUAGCAUUGCAAAUAGAACCCGCUCUAGAGUAGGGCUAGCAGAAAAUACAGUCACUGUUGAAAGCAAUAGUGGGGGCUUUCGCCGAACUAUUUCUCGUUUAGAGCGGUCAGGUAUUCGAACCUAUGUUAGUACCAUAACAGUUCCUCUUCGGAGGAUUUCUGAGAAUGAGCUUGUUGAGCCAUCCUCAGUGGCUCUUCGGUCUAUUUUAAGGCAGAUCAUGACUGGGUUUGGAGAAUUGAGUUCUUUAAUGGAGGCUGAGUCUGAGUCAGAGAUUCAGAGAAAUGGUCAGCAUUUACCAGAAAUGCAUUCAGAACUGAGUAACUUAGGUACAGUUAAUGAAAACAGCCAGCUCAGUGAAGGUUCCUCUCAAGACAGGGAAGCCCAAGAAGACAGCACUGAAAUGCAAGCUGAAAAUGAGACCACCCAGCCUCAGACUCAAAACAGUGACAGUAGAGGAGGCAGGCAGUUGCGAAAUUCAAACAAUUUAGUUGAAACUGGAACACUACCUAUUCUUCGCCUUGCUCAUUUCUUUUUACUAAACGAAGGUGAUGAUGAUGAUCGAAUACGUGGUUUAACCAAAGAGCAGAUAGACAAUCUUUCCACCCGGAACUAUGAGCAUAAUGGUAUUGAUAGUGAACUAGGUAAAAUCUGUAGUGUUUGUAUCAGUGACUAUGUAACUGGAAACAAGCUCAGGCAAUUACCUUGCAUGCAUGAAUUUCACAUUCAUUGUAUUGACCGAUGGCUCUCAGAGAAUUGCACUUGUCCAAUCUGUCGGCAGCCUGUUUUAGGAUCCAGCAUAGCAAAUAAUGGGUGAAAUGAUGGGAUCUAUUCAAAUAUUGUAUUUUAAUAGAGAUGACUAUUGAAGCAUUCUUUUGUUGAGUUAUUUGUGAUGAGCUAACCAGGAUGGAAAAUAACAGAUUAUAGUUUGAACUAUUUUUUGUGUGCUUUU